CGGAGUCAGGAUACCUGUCAGUUGUCACAUGUACUUUUGUUUAUCAACGAGUGCCACACUACACAGUGACAGCUCUGUUUCCUUGUCAAAGAUGUAAAAACUGUGGUAUGAACUACAUUCACUUGGAAAGUUGAAUAUCUGCUUAAAGUGGAAUCAUGUUUGGCUGCUUGGUUGCGGGUCGUCUGGUUCAGACGGAUAUGCAACAAGUUGAUCCAACUCACUUUGUCUUCAACAUUGAGAAUGCAGAUACCGUCAACCAUAUUGUAGUCUUCUUGACUGGUACAAUGCCUUUUCCGGAUGGCAUGGGUGGUGCUAUUCACUUUAGUUGGCCAUCGUCAGAGGGUGUUGCCUGGCGAUUCUUGGGGUAUAUCACCAAUGAAAAACCAAGCGCAAUAUUCAAGAUUUCGGGCUUGAAGAAAGGGAGCAUUUCCAAUGACAACCCGUUCAUGCAAGUGAUUCAACAAGGUCAACAGAUGAACACCAUGUCACAGAUUGGUAUUGCUGUGGAACCAAUAACUCAGAUAGCUCAACAAAUACCAGCUGAAAACACACAGACAUCCAAUAUGAGUAACUUUGCUGAAUUUACAACCAAAAUGUUAGAGAACUUUUACAAUUAUGCCUCAUCUUUUGGCAUCACUCAAGCUCAUAUGACUUCUCAACCUGACGUCACCUGGGUGCCACUGACUGUACUCAACCAGUGGUAUGAAAACUUCAAGAGGAAAAUGACACAAAACACCAAUUUCUGGAAAAGCUAGCUGCAAGUACAAAUCAGACUGGGAUUUCUAACUGGAGAGACAAUUUUUGUAUCUCACAUGUUUAUUGCAAACCUGGACUGUGUAUUUUUCUUGCUGUACAAAUUGCUAUUUGCCAAUACAGUACUACGCAAAAGUAAAAUAAUUAGAUUAUUUUUAUUGCGUUUCUGUUUUCAACCCAUUAUGAUUCUGAAGUUUACAUUUUCUGUAUUUUGCUUAAAAGUUUAAUCUCUGAUAAGAUAGAAGCUAUCAAUAGGAAAACAUCUGUUGAAUAAAACCAUAGGAAUGGGCCCAAGAA